CCCGAGAGCGGUAGCAGGAGACACCGUCAUCUUUCCUCUGGUGAGAGAAAUGGCGUCUUCGUCUUCUUCGGCUCUUCGAGAACUACAGCACGAGCUGGAGACAAAAGCCAACGAUCUCAGUAAGCUCCAAAAAGAUAUUGCGAAGAACCAUCAAGUGAGAACGAAGUACACCAUCCAGCUCGGGGAAAAUGAACUUGUUCUCAAAGAGUUGGAUCUGUUGGAUGAGAAUGCUAAUGUGUUCAAGUUGAUGGGUCCAGUCUUAGUGAAGCAAGACUUGGCUGAGGCAAAUGCUAAUGUUCGCAAGCGGAUUGACUAUAUCUCCGCUGAAUUGAAACGUCUAGAUGGUAACCUUCAAGAUCUGGAACAGAAACAGAACAGCAAGAAGGAUGCAAUCUUAAAACUACAACAAAGAAUUCAAGCUCUACAAGCGGGAAAAGCAAAGGCAUAACUUUAAUUUGCAGGUGUGGGCUUUUAUUUGGUAGUGUGUGCUCUCUGCUCUGUGAGUGACUUGGCAUUCGAAUCGCGUAUCACUAUCUUAUAACAUGGGGCAGUUCUUGAUCACUUUUUUGUUUUCUACAUGUAUCAACGGUACUCUUAGAUGUGGGCUUGUACAUCCCACUGUAAUACUUGAAUGACGGGUUACAUUUCCCCAUUUUGU